AUGUCAUCAACGCAAUCUCCCCCCUUCACACUCUUCCGCAGAUUCCCCCCAGAGAUCCAAUUAGAGAUCUUGAAUCACUGCACCCGAAACGACCUCGUCUGUUUGUCUCUAACAAACCACGAUUUCCGGGCCCUUCUUAAACCGAUUAUCAAAUUCAAACCACGCUUAGAAUGGGUCGACCAGCUUGGUAACACACCUGAUGUUCCUCAGGGUUGUUAUCGAGGAGGAUCAGAUAUUCAAUCAAGCUCUCAUUGUAAGGGCAUAAGUGGCAAAGAUUUGUAUUACAACACACACGCGCACCGCAUCAAACGACACGCUACCACAGCCUACGCCUGCUUCAAGUGCAUGUAUUAUCCUCCAGACCAUCCUACAUGUCAGGUACCUUACUGCAAAAAGCACUGCCUUUGUAUUUCGUGUCCUCUCUUUAUGAGAUUACGCGGCUGGAUGGGCGAAAGACGAUAUUGCAGCGAAUGCAAACAAUUCACAACGAGAAAUAAAAAGAACAAAGGACGAUGCACACAUGGAGUGAAAAAGUGCUAUAGUUACAGCAGACUUGAGACUCGCAGUCCCGACUCGGACCCGGAGACUUUGAAGCCCGUCGGCUCCGGUUCUGUACCCUGUUGGGGGCCCUUUACCAAGAGACUCCUUCGGAUGACUCUCCGCACAGUAGCAAUCCUCACUGCUGCGUUUUUGAUCCUUCCGGGGCUAUUGGCCUUUACUUCAACAAAGGGCCGGGCAUACAUCACAAAUUCACCUAUGGAAACCGAACCAGUCGACAAUUUCGUUACUCAAGACCGUCGAUUAGCCAUCGUUCUUCCAGCCAAUAACCCAGACCAUGAACUUUGCAAAGUCAUCACCAGUUCUAUAGCCCUUGGCUACCCAUGCCCUGUUAUCGUCAACUGGGGUAAAACUUACGACCCUUCAAAAGGAUGGAAAGGCGGUUCGCACCUAGCCAAGAUCACGGGUAUGCUAGAAUAUCUCGACGACGUCGUCAAUCCCAAGACCCCUGAUGAAAAUAGACUUGAGGAGAACGAUCUUGUUGUCUUGUCUGAUUCAUACGAUGUCUGGUUCCAACUUCCCCCAGACGUUUUGAUCAAACGCUACCACGAAGCGAACGCCCAAGCAAAUCGUCGACUCGCAGCCCAAUACAAAGGACGUGGCAAGGUCACCAUGGAGCAAACAAUCAUCGUGUCAGCACAGAAAAAGUGUUUUCCUCCCCCAUCAUCAGGGUCUGUUCUCCACUGCGACCAACUCCCAGACAGUCCCGUUCGCAAAGAUCUCUAUGGUCCCAACACAGACCGCAACCCAAACGACUUUCACGAUAACCGGCCCAAAUACCUCAACAGUGGUAGUAUGAUAGGGCCGGUCGGUGAUAUGAGAAGAUAUUUUCGUCGUGUUUAUGAGCGUAUGCAAAGGGGACUUGUCAACGGCAAGGAUCUUUACAGUGAUCAGGGUAUCUUUGCAGAGAUAUUUGCUGAGCAGGAACUCUGGAGAAGAUCCUUGCGUUCGCACAAGUCUGUCGCAAAGGAUAAAGACAUUGAGUACUUGCACGAGGAGUUCGAGUAUCACGUUGGUCUUGACUACACCCAACGGCUAUUCAUCCCUACGGUCUUUGAAGAGCAAGAUGGCGAAAUCAUUGCACUCAACGACGCAGCAGGUAUAGCCGAAAAGUCCAAGACUCUGAAUAUUUCACCCAGACUCGACGGUGUGCCAGAAGAUAUCCAGGAGUCCGAAAAUCCUUUAAGUAAAAUAUCUGUGCGAGAGCUGGAUAUCGUUGAAGACUGGGGAGAAAUGCCUCUCUACGCUGACUUUUUCUCCGAGGCUAUCCCUGUGGUAGUACACCACAACGCUCACAAGGACGGAGCCAAGAAACGGAGGUAUACAUGGUGGGAUCGAAUGUGGUAUUUUCCUUAUCUACGUGAACUUGUAGAGACGCAAUUGAAGGAGACCAAAGCGAGGUCUUUGCUUGAUAUUGUGGUGAAUGGAGAGAGGCUGUUGUACUGGGAUUCGAGAGCGAGUAAACCACAAAAGAAGCCUCAGACAUUUGUUGUUGGGAGUAACGGGAACACCACGUUUACGACGCGUGAGUUUACAGACGUGUGCAAGUCCAAGACGGAUCAUGAGGAAGCGAAAAAGCCUUGGUGGGAUGAGGUAUUUAGAGAUGGAAAGGGCGAUUUGGAGGGAUAA